AUGGGCUUCGGCAAGAGACGCAAUCGCUCCUCGUCGACUGAGGUCAAGGCUUCGAAGCGGAAGGGCGUCAAGAAGGACGAUCGCCUGAAAGCCUGUCCACACUGGCGGCGCUCCAUGCGCACCCUGCUUCGCAGCUACCCUGACGCCACGGGUUGCGUUGUUGCUUCCUCCGAGGCCAGCCUUCGCAAGACCUUCUCCCCUAAGCUCUUCCAUGAAAAACUAUCCGCGGAGACCUGCGAGCUGGUCAAUCGGCCACCCAUGGGGGUCAACCUCUUGUGCGCGUGCUUGGAUGCCGGCAUCGACGUCCUCAAGGUCCUGCCGGAGACAAAGGAGAUCGGCACGGAUGUGCUGAAGAAGACCCUGACCGACGCAAAGUUCCAGGCGGCCGUCGCGAACGCACAGAAAGGCAAUGAGAAAUCGACGGCAGAGGUGGCCGCGGCAACGAAGGUGAUCCUGGAGACUUUUGACGGCCCCUCGGACGGCAAGGAUCCACUGGGACGAGCGCUGGUGGCUGUAGCCGAUGCGUCCUCCCGCUUGUGGUCGAUGGCCGUGGCUGCCCUGGAGGUGAAGGCGCUCGUGGGCCGCCAGUCCUUCUGGGCCAAGUCGGUUCCUCACAUCGAGCAGCAGCCGGCCGGAGUGCAGAAGUUUGUCCGCAGCCCGAGUCUCGACGUCAUGUCCCAUGCCACAGCAGCGGCCUACGAAUCUGGCUACUACUGGGGCGGCAAGAAGAAUCAGCGUCGCAAAUUCGGCGAGGCCAGCACAUCGGGCUCGGGCUCGGGCAAGCGCGCCGCUCCCAAGGCGAAGAAGGCCCGAAGUUCGUCAUCUUCCUCCUCCUCCACGACCGCACCGAAGAAGGUCAAGAAGCACGCCAAGGACAAGAAGGAAAAGAAGGCGAAGAAGACGAAGAAGAGCCGCUCCGCAUCCGACAAAGGUUCCCCGCCCAAGGAGAAAAAGCAGGCGGCCGAGCCGGCGGUACUCCAGCGCCUGCGUGCGAUGGACGAGGGACAAGAGCUCGAGGUGGCCGGCGCUCGCUAUGGCAACUGCUGUCUGGCAUUGGCCUUGGGACGGGCCGUCGUCGGUCCGGAUGCGGAUCGGGCUGCGGUGCACUCCUGGGCUUCCGCGUGGGUGACGAACCUGCCCGAGGCACGCAAGAACCGCUUGCAAAAGAACGAAUGCACCGUCGGCGAAGCGAUGUACGACGACUAUGUCGACUUCGUGACGGCCGUUGAUCCCAACGCCGUGGUCUUCGUCCUUACCACGGGCAGCCCGGCGAUGACGAAGGUGUGGGCCGGCCAGAACGCUUCCUUGGACAACAUGAUCCCUUACAUCCUGAAGCUCGCCGACUACCACUUCACGGCGCUUUUCCCGCCUGAUGGAGCCACGCUGCGGGAGAUCCUACCGGACAUGCCGCCGCUGGACAUUUUCUCUUACGUCGGACCGCCAGGCCCUGGGCACUUGCUUGUGCGCAAAAGAAGCAGCCGUGACCUGCUGUGGCCACAGCGCCACGCGGUGACUAGUUUUGACUGCGCGGCAUACGCCGUGGCGGGCAAGCACAGGCCCGCCCGCGCUGCCGAGACGGCCUUGCUUGGCAUGAGUGCGCUGCAUCCCGCGAGUGACCGCCAUCAGUAA